ACUUAAGGGCAACGGCAGAAUUACUGACAAAGAAAGGCAUGAAGAUAAGGGAAGGAGAGAGAGGUAAGAAAGAAGGAUGAAAAAAGCUAAAACCAAGGGAUCUUAAGAAGGAAACCUAUCAGAAGUUUCCCUUGUGCCGGGGCUGAUUUCCUGGGGUAAGAAACUGAAGAUCUGUUCAGAGAUUUCUGAGUUCCCAGGAAUUCUCAGGGACCAAAAAGACCCACCUUUUACAUAGCAAAACUAAGGACAGGGAUCAGUGAUCACGCUGUGAUUGAAUGGCAUCAGAAAUCACUUACGCUGAGGUGAAGUUCAAGAAUGCACGACCAGCUGCAGUGGCUGAAGUUCCUCCUGAGACGAAGAAACAGGAGCACCAUCCCCAGAAAUACCCUCCUUGGCUCCCAUGGGUGAUCUCACUGCUGCUCUUCUUGGUGUGCCUUGUCCUUGUUGCUCUCCUUGUUGCUCCCUUCUUCCGUACACAGCACACAGUCCUGCAGCAGAAAUUCACGGAGUGCCACUGCAUCUUGUCGGCGCUGCAAGGCGAAGAGCAAGGCUGGAUCUGCUGCCCAAACGGCUGGAAACUCUUUCAAAAAAGCUGCUAUUAUCAGUCAACUGAUACGAUGCCCUGGACUGAGAGUGUGCAGAACUGCACUGGGAUGGGCUCCCAGCUGGUGGUGAUCAACAGCAAAGAAGAGCAGGCUUUCCUCCAUAACAUGCUAAAACAGGCUGCCAGAAGCAUUAAUUUCUACAUCGGUCUGCAUGCAGAGGAGGUGGGCCAGUGGCAGUGGUUGGACCAGACUCCGUUUAAUAAGACGGCAGCGUUCUGGCGGGAAAAAGAACCUAGUAAUGUGGAGGCUGAGAAGUGUGGUGUGAUCCACACAAUGCCAGAAAUACACAACUGGAAUGAUGUCCGGUGCGAGGACCAUUAUCGGAUUUGUGAAGCUGCAGCACUGACUCUGACGGAGCGACCCUCAUCCUGAGUUUAACUGAGAAAUGAGCAGUGAGCUGGAAACAGCUCAGGGAUGGGGUGGGGGUGGGGGUGGGGGACCCUGAAUCCUGCAUUUUCACUCUGAUGGGUGGGAUGACGUGAGUGGAAGUGAUAUUACCCUGUGUCCGGAAUCCCCAGUGCAUGUAUUGGCUCAGGGACCACGUGAAGACUCAAGGUCACCAAAGCAGGUCCUGGGCUCUUGUGCCCUCUUCUCUCUGAGGGAGUCCAGCAGCCAUUAAGUGAAAAGAGGUUGAGUUUUCCAGAAAGAAGAAACAGGAAUGGAAGACAGAUGUUCAGAGCUGAAAUUUUGGGAAAACCUCAGGCAGAGGUGUCUGCUUUUUCUUGUGGCUCACAGAGAAUGUCCUCUAGUUGCACUGGUUUUGCUGAACAAAUACUGAUUUCCUGUACAAGAGAAAAUACAAUAUUAGAACAAUGAAAAA